AUGGAUAUCUACGGAACCGCUACGACGGCCAUCACUCAGCUGAUCCAGGUCGCCAUCUUUAUCAAAGGUGUCAUUUCAGACAUGCGAUCGUACGAAGAAGACCGCGCCACAAUUCAACUGAAGCUGGACCUCCAACUGGUCUCCUUGGAGAUGUUCUACCGCAGACUACUAGAUAAAGAGGGUGGGCUGCUUAUCAAAAAACCACCAUUAUCCGAGAGGGCAACAAAUGCCAUAUGCGGACUCUUGAUUAAAAUGAAUGGCGUGCUUGCAGAAUACAGCGAGAUUAUAUCCCGGUAUGAUCUUCGGUCAGACCUGGCUGUUCCCACCGAUGCCGAUGACAACAACAACAGCAGCACUGCGGUGGAUGAAAGGCGGUUCACUGAGUGGAAGAACCGAGGACUCAAACAGGUUCGCGAAAAGUGGAAGAACCUCAAGCUCAAGGGCUUCCAUUGGGCGCUUUUCGACCGAGAGAGGCUUCUAGCUGUUCUAAGCAGUUAUAAAGAAUGGUCCGACAAUCUUCGAGAUCUCAUGCAGCACUUUGCCCAAGAGGCCAUGUACGAGAUGGCAGAUGCGGGUGUUGCAGGGCUAAGCCUUGCGGCGAACGCCGGGUUGGAGUCUGUGGCCAAGCGACAAAAAGUCGCUGCUGAGCCGCAUGCACCAGAUGGAUUCGCGGAGCUGGGUGGCGAGAUCGUGGAUGAGGCAUCCCGAUCCGAUGGCUUUCAGCUUGCUCGCUGGGUUAGGGCCGACUCAUCUUCGAGGGUGAUGGUUGAGUAUCGAGACUAUCCCGCCGGUCUCUUGGAGGAUGACCUGGAUCCGGAGGGGAUCAUGGAUCUGAAACAGCCCAUCCGGGAUCUUGCGUGGCUUCUUCAGAAUUCCUCCUUCGCAGAUAGUGAUGCAAACGCCGAGCAAGUAGAGCAACCUCUCAUAUAUUCAUUGCAAUGCAUUGGGUAUCAGGACCAGGUGGAUAAGAAGCGUUUUGCCUUGAUCUACCAGCUUCCCUUCAGUGUGGCCGACCAGCCCGAAAGCAAAGCGCCCCUACUUCUGACGCUCCACGAGCGCAUCCUUCAAAUUGAGAUGAAGACUAAACAUCCCCAGAAACCACCCCUGGGUUCCAGGUUUGAGAUUGCUUAUUGCAUAUCCCUGUCUCUUUCCAACAUUCACGGCUCUAGGUGGCUUCAUAAAAAUAUAUCGAGUCAAGGGAUCCUUCUAUUUCAAAGAGAAGAGAAAGGCAUCCGGCCACUGCAACCGGGCUUCUCCGGCCGUGGGUGCCUUGCCUUCCUCAAUGAUUGGGAAUAUGCCCGUCCCAUGGAUAGCCGGACGCAUAUGCGCGGUGAUUUUGAUGCUGUGCGUAAUCUCUACCGCCAUCCUGAUCGACAAGGAGCGCCCGGCCGCGAGUUUGCCCGCAAGCACGAUAUCUAUGCUCUGGGGGUUGUCUUGUUGGAGAUUGGCAUGUGGAGGACAAUGCCGCAGCUCUUUGCUAGCCGGAUCAAGGACGCGCAGCGGACUGGAAAGUUGCCCCGAGCAAAGGAUGUAUAUCAGGCUCUCCUGUCGCUCGCGCAAAUUUCUCUUGCCAAUGAAAUGGGCAGCAACUAUUCAGCGGCCGUCAUUGCUUGUCUGAAGGGAGACUUUGCUCAAUCAUCCGAUGUAGACUUUUCUCUAGAUUUUCGGGAGAAGGUCAUCGAUAGGAUGAGUAUAGGACUGAAGCUGUGA